AUGGCGUCAACUACUCAAAUCACUCUGCCUAAUGGCAAAAAGUAUGACCAACCGACCGGUCUCUUUAUCAACAACGAAUAUGUUGCCGCCUCCGGUGAUGAGUUUGUGGUGACAAAUCCAGUAACCGAGGAGGAGGUCAUCAAGCUCAAGGGAGCUUCCACCGAAGAUGUCGACAAGGCAGUUUCAGCAGCCCGAAAGGCAUUCGAGGGAGAAUGGUCGGAGCUUGCUGCCGUGGAUCGAGGCGCCUUUCUCUAUAAGAUUGCUGAUCUGAUUGAUCGCGACCGGGAGCUCAUCGCCGCUAUCGAUGCCUUUGAUAACGGCAAGCCCUUCAGCGCGGCUCUCGCUGGCGACUUGGACGAGUCGUACAACGUGUUCCGCUACUACGCCGGUGCUGCCGACAAGAUCAGUGGCCGCACCAUCGAGACUUCACCCGCUAAGCUGGCAUACGUUCUUCAAGAGCCUCUCGGUGUUUGCGGACAGAUUAUCCCCUGGAACUUUCCCUUCAUGAUGCUUGCAUGGAAGAUUGCCCCCGCCUUGGCCUGCGGCAACACUGUUGUGCUCAAGCCUGCCGAGCAGACACCGCUCUCGGCCCUGUACUUUGGAAAGUUGGUGAUCGAGGCUGGUCUUCCGGCUGGUGUUGUCAACGUACUGCCCGGUCUUGGGCCUCAGACUGGCAAGGCCAUUGCUGGUCACAUGGGUAUUGAUAAGGUGGCCUUUACUGGCAGCACAAACACCGGCCGCGCCAUCAUGAAGGAUGCGGCGAACAACCUCAAGAACAUCACCUUGGAAUGUGGAGGCAAGAGUCCUUCCAUCGUCUUUGCGGAUGCAGAGCUUGACCAAGCCGUCAAGUGGUGCCACUUUGGAAUCAUGGACAACAAGGGCGAGGUCUGCACUUCGACAUCACGAAUUUACGUCCAUGAAUCCAUCUACGAUGAGUUCCUGACCAAGUUUGUCGAGGUCACCAAGGAAAACGACAAGAUCGGAGGCCCAUUCGAGGACGCCACCGUUCAGGGACCCCAGGUUUCCAAGGCUCAGUACGACAAGGUUGUUUCGUAUAUCGAGGAGGGUAGAAAGUCCGGAGCCAGGCUUCUCUACGGAGGAAGCAAGUACGGUGACAAGGGUUAUUUCUUGAAGCCCACCGUCUUUGCGGAUGUCAGCGAAGACAUGAAGAUCAUGAACGAAGAGAUUUUCGGCCCCGUCGUGUCUAUCGCCAAGUUCUCCACUGAAGAAGAGGUUAUUGCCAAGGCCAACGAUACUUCCUACGGUCUUGCCGCUGCUCUCUUCACAGAAAAGGUGUCUCGAGCACACAAGGUAGCCCGGAAGCUGCAGGCCGGCAUGGUCUGGAUCAACUCUUCUGGCGAUUCACACUUUGGUAUUCCUUUUGGUGGAUACAAGUCUUCCGGUAUUGGACGAGAGCUGGGUCAGUACGCUUUGGAUGCGUAUACUCAGUCCAAGGCUGUUCACGUGAACCUCGGCUUUGAGCUUUAG